GGAAGCUGGCUAGCUUGCUUGGCGUACGCGCGCGCGAUGGGACAAGCGAUCUUGAUCGUCUACAGGUCUUAUCAUAAGUACUUGUAUAACCUACGUACCAUGUUUUCAUCUUCUGUGAGACGAUCUUCCCCAAAAUGUGAUUUACCCUGCAUUUUGUAGUAGGUCUAGUUCAUAAAGAUUAAAUUCAGGUGGUUGAACUAUGGCAAAUGUCGAGACUGUGAGUCCCCUUCCAGGGUCAGCGGGCAUGGGCCGCAGAACUUAUUCAGACCCAAGACCUCCAUCUCGAGGAAAUUCCCGGCCCUCCUCACGUGUGGGCUUUCAGGUCGCGGAAAGUCCCCGUCCACACUCUCGGCAAGGCUCCGGGGGGCGUGUGCCACACCCCCCAGGCCGUUCAUCAGAUGGGACCGUCAGUCCUGUCCGUGAGCGGCCCCCGUCAGUGCGCUCCCUGCGUGAGAAGACCGAGAUGGCCGACUUCCUGAUGCCGAUGGUGAAAUCAGCCGUCCGGCGCUGGAAGAGAUUCCAUGAGCAGCGGGUGCGAGAGAGGUACCUGCAAAUGAAGGAAGAAAAGAAGCUCCAUGUGGAGACGGUCCGGGAGGAGAAGCAACGUCUGGCGAGACGUAUCCCAGUGGACACGCUGGCCUUGGAGUGGCUAAACGACAACCAUGUCACAGUUGACGCCCGUGCAUACCUCCUCGAUAAACUCCUCCCGACGUUGAUCUUGGGCAUUGAGAAACUGCUCAUGGAGGCAGAGAAAAGGGGCCUGACAGAGAGCAAUCAGGCCAACCCCAACUUCAACCCCAUCAAUUUCCUGGCGCAGUACCUGAUGAGAAACAACCCACGGUACAGUAAUUUCCCAGAGGCUUCGCCAUAUAUCAGAGGACUGCGAGAGGUCACAGAGGAAUUGAAAAAACACGUCUUCUCAUUUGAAGACAACAGACUUGCCAAAAUCAAAGCCGACGCACGACGCCGUCGGGAGGAGCAGGAGCGGCAGGCCAGGCUGAGAAAUCAAGAGAGACAGCAGCGAUCAGCCCGGCUGCGCCAGAACUAUCAGGAAUGGCUGAUCGAUGACGAUGGGUUGAUUGAGAUGCAGGUCUUGCAGACGACUGUACAGUCCUUUGCUGAGGUGCUGGAGGGACUGCCAGAUGAUGACCAAAAAGCUGCUGAACUGAGUGAAAUGUUCAUCAAGAAGGAGGCCUCCACAGAGAAAGUUGGCGCGGAUGAUUUUGUUCAAUACCUGAAGCAGUACAUCACCAACAUGACUCCCAGACUUUUCAACGAGCUCCUGGUGCACCUCCAACGCUGUGCCGCUGCAUAUAGGCGGGCGGCCAUCUUAGAGGCAAGGCGCGAUAUCUUGACCAAGCUCUUCGACAUAUGCGACCGUGCCGGGGUUGGGGUCAUUGACCGGCACCGGGUGUUGGGUUUGUUUGAGCACUUUUGGGACAAUUCGCCAUGGGCUGUCAAGCGGUAUCUUCGUAACCCCAGAAAAUGGCCAGUGGUUGAGCUUGACGAAGUCUCUGAUGAGCUGGACAGCAUCUCUGAGGACAGCAUGGUGCGCAGUGUGCCUAGUACUCCAGCGCCCAGCAGCAUUGCCAAGGGGCUGGAUCAGAAACCACCCACCCCUGAGGGGAAGAAACCUGAGCAGCAGGCCCCUGAAGAAGCACCUGCUGAAGUAAGCUCUGAAGAUGUCAUAUCUGCGACGGGGGAGAUAUUGAACAUUGGAGGUCCAUCAGAAGAGGGAACUGAAGCUCUGGAAAAAGUUCCAGAAGAAGAGGAAGGUGCCGCAGAAAAGCAAGAAGAGGAGAAGUUUACUGAUGAAACCAAAGCAGAAGAGAAGGAACCAGUAGUUGACACAGAAGCUGCAGAGUCUGCAGGAGAGACAGUAGAGGAGACUAAGCCUGAAGUACAAGCUGAAGAACCCAUUGCAGCAGAAGGCGAAGAAGCAAAGGCUGUUGACCAGACUGCUGAACCGUCUGCAGACCAAAAAGAAGACCAACCAGCUGAGACCAAAGAGGAAGCUGCUGAACAGGUUGCAGAGGCAGUCCAACAGGCAGACGAGCCAGUUGAGGAGCCUUCUGCAGACCAUGUUGAGGAACCUUCUGCAGGGCCUGUUGCUGAGUCUGCAGAACAGAAAGCCGAACCUGAGGCAGAGCCUUCUACCAAGCCAGUGGAGGAGCCUCCCACAGAGUCGGUCGAGGAACCUCCUACAAAACCUGUUGAUGAAUCUGCAGAACAGGAAACCGAGCCAGUGGCUGAGCCUUCCACCAAGGCAGUUGAGGAGCCUUCUGCUGUGCAAGAGCCAGCAACAGAACAAGAACCGGCCGAACCUGCCAGCGAAUCUGUCCCUGCUGAAGAGCCCACUGUUGAUGCAGCUGCAGCUCCUGCUGAAGUUGUUGAUACCUCUGCCACUGAAGCUGUAAAGAGCGAGGAACAGGUUGCAGAAGGGCCACAGAUCAUUAAAUCAGAACCAGCUGAAGAAAAAGAAGCUGCUCCUGAGACUGGCCCUGAAGGUGAAAAGCAAGGUGUCACAUUCCAUAGAGACACGGCAGAGACAACAGGAAAAUCAGACCACAGUUCCAUCAAGUCGCCUACCAAGACCCCUACCUCUCAUCGCUGCGGCUCGGUGGCCACCAGCAUCUUUGAUGAGAAUGUUCUGAACUGCUCCCAGUUUGUUCAGAUCGUAGAGGCCUUCCUAGGCGAGAGCCCACCUGAGGAGGUGGUCCAGCAGCUCCUCAAGUAUCUGGAGGAGGGCUACAUUGAGACCGAAGAGGAGAAAUACCUGCGCUUGCAGAAGUCACGUCGCGAGGCCCAGUCGGCCAAGCGCAAGCUGAUGCUGGAGCAGCUGUUUGAGAAGUGGGACAAUGACGGGUCUGGAUAUCUGGACCUGGAGGAGAUCCACUCCGUCAUGAGUAAAUUCAAGGAGAACAUGGAGGCCAAGAUCAUGCAAAAAGCUAAAAUGAUCAUGAUGAAGGAAGAGUACGACAAUCGGCUGAGCAAGAGGGAGUUCAAGACAUACAUCGAGGCAGUCUGCUCCAUGCUGCCUGGAGGAGAGGAUAACUUUGAUCCCCUGGUGGAGUUCCUCAUGACCAGCAUCGAGAGGUCAUAUGAAGAGCGUAUCCGAGGCCAAGCUCGUAAGAAGUGGUUGAACAUGAUCAUGUCAUCAGCAGAGACCAGCGGUGCCAGCCUGCAACCUGUCUUUAAGUGUGUCUUCAAUUCCCUCUUCAAGGAUGCUGAGCAACAUGGACGAGGCAAGCGCAUCAGUGCCAACAUCGCCAUGCUGGAGCGCAACGAUUCUUACCCUGCCCGUGGUCCCACAUGCCUGCGCUACGUUGCCUCAACGCCGGAUGAUGCCCACUUCAUGCUGAACAAGGUCCUGUACAGGGACAUGAAGGGCAUCAGCUUCACUGCUGUUGACACAGGAAAGCCUAUCCACGUUCCCAGGGUGCAGAAUCAUGGAAAUAUCAUGUUCUGGAAUCCUGACCGAUCAGAAGAGAAAUACAAAAAGCUGUCCAUUGAUGAGUAUGACCCGACUAGAGAUCGCCAGGGUUCGUUCAUCGUGAUUCCCCUGAAGGACCAUCGCAAGAGAGUGUUUGGAGUUCUGGGUAUAGACACGCUCAACGAUCCGCAAGAGAAGAGCAUCUUCAUCACACAUGAAAUCAGCUUCUUCCAAGGAGUGGCAAAAGCCUUCAGCACGGCCCACCAGUACGUGGACAUCCGGAAGAAGACGCUACGCAUCACAGAGAGCGCCCUCGCCUGGAUUCACAGGCGGAGUCCCCACGUUCUGGAGAUCAAUGUGUAUAUUGUUGAACCGGACGAGAAGGAGGUUAACGCUGCUAUCCGGCGGAGGAGAGUAACCGGCAAAAGCAAAAAAAUUCAGAGUUAUCAGAGCGAAGAGUCAACCAAACAGAUGGAAGAUAUCGUCUUGAGACGAAUGAUGACUACAGAUCGUCAUGGCAACAUCACUAUCCACGAGAACCCAUCCAAGCUGGAAAGAAAGGAGAACCUAUUCAGGGACUACCUUUUCAAGUGCGUGGACAACUCGGACACCGUGACAGCAGAUGCCUACGGCCAGCGCCACACCGCCUUCCCGCUGCGCGACCCGGAUGGCCGAGCCGUGGCCCUGAUUGACCUGAGCAUCGGCGAGCUGAAGCAGCUCCCUGGCCACGAGAACAAGGAGGUGCAGAGGAUGCUGAAGCUUCUGCAAGCCGCCCACAAGGAGGUGUCCAUGGAGUCAGAGGGCGGAGACCGGACCAUUGUACUUGAGGCAGAGAAGGGGAGCGAGGAGUCGCGCAUCGACAUCAUGUUUGACCGCAUCAUGCUAACGGACCUCCGCGAGACGGUGGGCAAGCUCAACACUCGGGCCUUCGCCGAGCUCAAGAGCUACAAGGACCCGCCCAAGGUCAUCCACGACAUCCUGGUGUCGGUACUGACGCUCUUUUACCAGGACAAGGCGGAUGAAGGGGACCUGGAAUCGUGGAACACUUGCAAGCAGUUUGUCAAUCAGGAACUGAUCAGGAAGAUUGAAGAUUUUGAUCCCACAGCAUCUGACACCGUCAGUGCUGUCAGUAAGAUCUCUUCCAGACUGAAAGAUGUGCCCCACGGCGCUGUAGCCAAGCAUGGCUCCCUGCCAGCCCAGAACCUGUACAACUGGGCCUUUGUCUGCCUGUCCCUCCUGGAGCACACCAGCAAGAUGCAGGAGUCGCACAAGCCCAGCAUCGUCACUCCGCCUGCCUCCGCCGACAAUUACGAGGGCGGGGCUGUCGAGAUGUAAACCAGGCUGCAGCCAUUGAGAUGUUAUCUUACAUGCUGGGGGGGUUGUUAGGGGAUCAAGCCUGGCAUCAAGUUGUUCACAGCGUCUUGUUUUCUUAAGCACUUUAUUCCAGUAAGACAAGGAAGCCCUUUUGACAUGGAUAAUUCACAGUGCAAACUGCUUCUUACUUCAGAAGUAUAUACAUUAUAGGAUUUGUGAAAGUCCACAUUGAUAAAUUACACUAGUUGUUU